AUGCAGGUCCCCCUCAUCCGCCUCCAGUGCGGCGUCAACUCGUACGAAUGGGGCAAAAAGGGCAACGACUCUGCCGCCGCCAAGUUCGCUGCUGCAACGCCCGCGACCGACUUUUCCGUGCAACAAGACAAGCCCUAUGCCGAGCUCUGGAUGGGCACCCACCCCUCCAACCCCUCGCGCGACGUCCAGACCGGCCGUACCCUCCUCGACCUCGUCGCCGACAACAAGGCCCUCCUCUCGCCCACCGUCGCCGGCCGCUUCGGCGACAAGCUGCCCUUUCUCUUCAAGGUCCUCUCCAUCAACAAGGCCCUCUCCAUCCAGGCCCACCCCAACAAGAAGCUCGCCGAGCGCCUGCACGCGCGCGAUGCCAAAAACUACCCCGACGACAACCACAAGCCCGAGAUGGCCAUUGCCAUCACCCCCUUUGAGGGGCUCUGCGGCUUUCGCCCCCUCGCCGAGAUUGCGCACUUUCUGGGCGUCCUGCCUCCGCUGCGCCGGCUCGUCGGCGAGGACAAUGCCGUGCAGUUUGAGAAGCUCGCCAAGGAGGACCCCGACGGUCCCGUCUCGGACGAGAAGAAGCAGGCGCUGAAAAAGGCGUUUGCCGGACUCAUGGGCGCGUCGCAAGAGUCCGUCGCCACCGAGGUCAAGAACCUGGUCGAGCUGGCAAAAAAGGACAAGGACCAGUUCGCCGCCGGCGGUGUGUCGUCCACAUCAGGCGAGACUCUCUCUGAGCUCGUGGUCCGCCUCGACAGCCAGUUCGAGGACGACAUUGGCCUGUUUGUGCUCUUCUUCCUCAACUUUAUCAAGAUGGAAGUCGGCGAGGCGCUCUUCCUCGUCGCCGACGACAUCCACGCCUACGUUUCCGGUGACAUUAUCGAGUGCAUGGCCGCGUCGGACAAUGUGGUCCGCGCCGGCUUCACGCCCAAGUUCAAGGACGUCUCGACGCUCGUCGACAUGCUCACCUACAACUACGCGCCCAUUGACGAGCAAAAGAUGACGCCGACCGAGUACCCCUACGCCACGCUCAACCGCAUCGGCUACAGCAGCGGCUCCGCCGUCCUGCUGUACGACCCUCCGAUUGACGAGUUUGCCGUCGUCCGCAGCGUGCUGCGCGGGCCCGACGCCAAGGCGACCUUUGAGCCGCUCGACGGGCCGAGCAUCGUCAUCUGCACAAACGGCUCCGGCACCAUCUCCAUCGGCCCCACGAGCUACGAGAUGAAGGAGGGGUAUGUCUUUUUUGUGGGCUCCACGGCCGAGCUGGUGCUCGAGUCGACAACGGGCGAGGACGAGGAGUUUACGACUUUCAAGGCGUUUUGCGAGGUGGAUGACGGUGCGAGCAAGGAGAAGCUGUGA